CAACUCUGGUCCCACUCAACCCUGGCAGCGAAACAAAACCCGACAAAUUGAUAAAAAUCUACGGUUAAUCGCCAAUAAUUUCGGGUAUCAAAUCAAAACAGAUUAUUAACAACGAAUUUUACUUAACUCCAAAGGCUGCAUCACCUGGAUUUAAUACAGGCAACCAAUUUUAAGCGUGUUAAUUAGCAGAAAGAAAUGGCACGUGGACACCAGAAGAUCCAGUCGCAGGCGAAGGCCUCCGAGAAACAGGCCAAGCUGAAGAAGCAGCAAGGACACAGUGCCAACGAUCAGAAAAAGGCGGCUCAGAAGGCACUUGUCCAUGUGUGCGCCGUUUGCAAGUCGCAAAUGCCGGAUCCCAAGACAUAUAAGCAACAUUUCGAGAACAAGCAUCCCAAGAACGACAUGCCAGAGGAGCUGAAGGAGGUCUGAUGACCGAUGAGGCUGGGUGCAUAUAUAAAUAUAUCAAGCUGAUCGAAAUCGACGAAUUUCCUACCAGUACGAAACUUUUGCAACAAUAAUUUUACAUCAGCCCAAAUACAAAAUCAGCAUUUAAGCCGAUGCAAGGGGCGCAUAAAGUUAGAGCAUAGUUUCCAAAGCAAAGGGCCCAGCUGAAUUUUUUAUAUACACACUGCUGACUUUUGGUUUAUACUUUGAAAAUAACCCAUGGCUACCACAAUACAAAGCAAAUUUCCACAUAGUAAAAUAAA